AGAACAGUUACGAUCAUACGACACGAUCUGGAGAGUCUGCUUUUCGCUAACAUCUCUUACGUCACGGACAACCUUCCUGAGCGUAUCCAGUAUCUCGAUCUAAUCAGAGACGCAUGUGAUGCGCUUUCAGUCGGGAUGAUACCGGACAAUGUUGUCUCACAUGGUAUUAGCAUCGACGAUCGCGGAAAUUUUCUCGAAGAGGAUGAAAGGCUCAAGCGUAGAAAGGAGCACAAGCUUUACAAAAAGAUUGUGGACAAAACCAAGAAACGAACGAAGAAGCAGACUCCCAGCGAGCAGCAGCAGCUGAAACGUCAAAACCUCGACUCAGCUACACCGGAUCGAGCUGCUCGUUCCGCAGAGCUAGAGAUAGAGCACGUAGUUCAGCCCCGACCAACAAUCGAAGUUGCCAAAGCCUCUACUUCAAAUGGCGAAGAUGUGGAGACGAACCACAACGCUUGCGAAGGUAACAAUGAAAACACUUGAACCAACACCCAAAAAAGUCAAUCUAUCUUCGAGGAAUGUGUAACCUCCGGCGAGCAUAGGCGAUCUUGAGAGCAUUAUGCCACUUCACCAAAAUGGAUCAACAACUCAUACGGUUCACGGUCACCUACGUACAGACUUGGAGUUGCUGGCAUAGUAGCUGCCUACAUGCCUAGCCAGUUACAACUUCUACAGAGAGGGGUUGGGGUA